AUGCCGAACAAGCCGGUUCACGUUUACAUACCCUUCGAUGGAGUGGCGGAUAAAGUGAAGCGAGGAAUCAUAGACAAGAUCAACGAGCCUAACAAGGAGUUCGACUUCGCCGAGCCCCCGAUUGCAGCUGCUCCAGCGCUCGACGCUUCCGAGCUACCGGAGGGCGACGCGAUCCCGAACCAUGCAGAAAUCAAGCUAGAAGAGGCUAUACAAAAGGAGCUCCAGUACGGCCAGGAAUGCGGGCGGGGUACCGCGUUCUUCAUCUGGGCAGAAGGUUCGGCAUUGCAGGCCUCCGACCCGACCGUACAAGUCAUACAUGUGUGGCCUCCCGAGAAAGAGGGGGAUAAGCCGAAGGUGCAGGAGAUACGAGCAGAGCUGGGGCAGGUAGCCGGGAUUGUUAAUUGUGUCGAGUCAGGGAACCAGAGUUUUGAAGAGUGCCAGGAGUGGGCGGGGCCCGAUGGGGUCGUCAGAGCGUAG